AUGUCGCCUCAAUUCGAGUACGAACGCGUCCCCUUCGCCGACAACACCGACACCACGCAUCUAGAGAAGCCGCGGUUACCUCUCAGUGUAUCCCCAUGGACAGGGACAGCAUGGCAAAUAUUCUGUGAUGCUCCAGCAGCAGCUGUCAUCUCCGCUGGCCUCAUAAGCCUGGCAGUGGCCACCGCGAUAAUCUCAAGCUUCACGAUGCACGUUCCUGGCUCAUAUGUUCAAGUUAUGUCGAUUCACCAAGCAAAUUCUCCUCGGCCAGGAUUCAAAGACGCCUGGAAUGGCCCCAUCGAGAUCUCUGGGAGCUACAGAUGUGGAACGCACCCCAGCGAGGCACGCGCGCUAAAUUGCACAUUCGACAUCAUGAACUACGGCUUCCUCGGUGCCGAGUGCUAUUACAAAGACAUGGCGGAGAAGGCGCUGGCGGAAGGUCCUUGGAGGUGGUACCUCGAUCGCAACGGAACAACCGAGAUCCCGGCAGAGUCGUUCUAUUUGAGUCGAGCUGUUGAGGUGUAUGUUCACUGGAGUUACCACGUUUCGCACUGCAAGUAUGCAUUCGAGCAACUCCGCAAGGCGAGAGAAGAUGACAACUUCCUUAUCCCCCAAGAGCUCGCCAGCGAGGGACAUACCCGACACUGCCAGAAGGUCCUGGCAGAUCCCGAAGGCAAGAGCGAGAAUAUCUAUCCGCCGUACGAGACAAGCACCUGGGUGCGGUCCGUCUAUAACCCUUGCAUCAGGCUAUCUGAAGCGAAUCGAACGUUUUUAGAUAUACCGCAGGAGAGAGAUUCCCUGUUCUGA